CCCGGGCGCGCUGGGCGGGGCGCGCGUCCGUCCCGGCGGCUGGGGCGUCAGUGUGUUCCGCUGCGGUCGCCCUGAUCGCUGGGACCCACUUCCCUGUCCUUACGUGUAACGAGGGGUGAGGUGAGGCGGAGUUGACCUGGAAACCUCUCCUUGGCCACUGUCCUUUCUAAGGAAUUCAUUUCCAGAGCCCACCUGCACAGAACUGGUGGGGGACCCUUCUGGGAACAGAGAAAAUGGCCGUCUUCAGGCAGCUGUCCCUAGGCUCGAAGGCCGCCCUGGUUGCUGUCACUGUCUUCGUGUCCAUGAUCGUCUCUCGCUCCUGUCUAGCGGAGAGCCUUGAGCUCAGGGCCUGGCGUUGGCUGUUUCGCCUGCAGCUCGCCCUGUUUGUCAAUUCGCUCAUGCUCAUUGGCUCUCUCUACAUCUGGCGCAGCACAGUGAGCAACCUCUGCCACUCCCCAGCCGCGGAGUCAACCUGUUUUCAGCUCUGGAAGGUGGUGGUUCUGGCAUUUCUGGUCCUGGCCCAUUCCAGUUUCUUCACCAUGAUCUUUUUAGUGGCCGAGGAGCCCUAUCUCUUUUCCUUGGCAGCCUGCUCCUGCCUGGGUGCUUACAUCAUCAUGCUCUUCUUCCUCUGCAUCCUCAGCAGCAUGGAGCAAGCCUAUCAGCUCUUGGCCUGGCACAGUGGUAGGGUGGUGGGCAGUCUUGACAAGACAAGGAAGCUGGCGCUCAGGCCCGCCCUGGCAGUAGCAGUGACCGCCGUGCUCAGUGUGGCAGGACUUCUGAAUGCUGCCCAGCCUCCAGCUGUGAAAACCGUGGAGGUGCCCAUCGGUCAGCUGCCCCUCUCUAUGAACAACCUCAAGAUCGCGCUCCUCUCAGACAUCCACUUGGGCCCCACGGUGGGCAGGACAAAGAUGGAGAUGUUUGUGAGGAUGGUGAACCUACUGGACCCAGACAUCACAGUGAUCGUGGGUGACCUCUCCGAUUCGGAAGCCUCGGUUCUGCGGAAAGCUGUCGCUCCCUUGGGCCAGCUACAUUCGCGCCUCGGCACCUACUUCGUCACAGGCAAUCACGAGUACUACACGUCAGAUGUCAGCAACUGGUUUGCGCUGCUGGAAUCCCUGCACGUCCAGCCUCUUCACAAUGAGAACGUGAAGAUUUCUGCCACAGGGGCCCAACGUGGUGGGGGUGAAGAUGACGGCUGGAUCUGCUUGGCCGGGGUGGACGAUAUUGAAGCAGACAUCCUGCACUACUCUGGCCAUGGCAUGGAUCUUGUCAAGGCCCUGAAGGGCUGCAGCCCAGACCACACCAUCAUCUUGCUAGCUCACCAGCCCCUGGCUGCCAAAAGAGCCCUCCAGGCUCGGCCAGACAUUAACCUGAUCCUUUCUGGGCACACGCAUGCUGGGCAAAUCUUCCCCUUGAACGUGGCAGCCUAUCUCCUGAACCCCUUUUUUGCUGGUCUUUACCAGGUGGCCCAGGCUACAUUUGUAUAUGUCAGCCCAGGCACAGCCUACUACGGGAUACCCAUGAGGUUGGGUAGCCGGGCAGAGAUUACGGAGCUCAUCCUGCAGCGGGCUCCCUGAACCAGUCCUGCCCUGUGCGCCUCUGCCCUGCCCUGCUUACCUCCGUCCUGCCCUUGCACUCCACCUUGUCCUGCUUCAGAGUCACUUGCCUGCUUUAUCCCUCUGGCCUCUCCUGCCCAGCCCUGCCAGUGCACCCUUGGACACAAGCCUGACUCUCACAGUGAGUCUAUAACAUCCUUCUCUCCCUUAUUUUAUGCCAUUUAUUUACUCAAGUUAUCUGGGUCGUAUGUCUUAGAAUUUCCUACAUUUUGGAUUUGGGGAUUGCUUAACAUGUUCUACUGUCCCUCAUAUUUUCUGUGAACUGGUAGAACUGGAGCUCUAUAAAGGUUAGAGGUAGAGGCUGGAUAGAUUGAGGUUCAAUUUCUUCCCUUUCUGGUAGGAAGACUUCAUUGCUACAGUGAUGCUAAGAUUGACGCAUGGGCCCAGGUGUUCUCAGCUUGAUCCCUCCAACAGAGUUGCUCAUCAUCUUUUCAUCUCAUGUUUCAGCAGUCGUUGGUGAUUGUUGACUAAUGUCAUUAUUUCACUGGACUGCAAAAUGGUGAUUUUUAAAAAAAAUUCCAUCAUUUCUUCUGCAUUUACUAGCUGUAGUUCUUCUGCAAAGAAUUCUCUUCAAUUGUUUUGUUACUCUGAAAAAGUCUUUAGCAAAGGCAAGGUAGAUGCUAGAUUUUUUUCACUUUAUUCAUUAAUUUCUAGAAUAAUGAACUGGUACCACAGCAACCUCCAAGGGUGAUCGAUAAGCUUUUCUUUUGGGUGAGUGGGAGUAGCAUUAUGAAUUUGGAUAUUUUUAUACAUCAGAUGUUUUUUAAUUCAUUGACAUGAUAAAUCCUUUGAUGCUCAAAAUAUCCCAUCUUUGGCCAGUUGGAGCGCCUUCAAAUAGGCUUCUGUCAUUUUGAUGGGACCCUAAUAGUUUUUCUUUUUAAGACAGUUUUAGGCUUAUUUUGUACAUAUUCUGCCAUAGACUUGGAUUAACUAAUUUCUUGAAGAAGCAGCUCUGGUUCCUUUAGUGGGAAAUGUUUGCAGACCACAAUUUAGGUGCUAUAUUAGCACCCAGGUUAGAUUGCUCAUGGCUGGCAUCGUUUCAAGCUGUUUCAGUGGGUAUUGCUAGGAAAUAAAAUACUUUUUCAGAAAGAGAAAAAAAAUCCUAAGUAUAUACUAAUAUUUCCAAUUCCAAUGGAAGAUUGCAGGUUUUAUUUUUUUAAGACUUUAUUGUUUUAGAGAAGUUUUCAGUUGAUAGAAAAGUUGGAAGGUACAGAGCUUUCCCCUAUACCCCCCUGAUUACAAAGUUUUUACUUGAUUUCUUUGAUUUUAUAUUUGUUUCUCUCUUUACACUGAAAUUUUUAGUUCCUAAUAAUCUGAUGUAAUUAUUUAUUUACUUUAUCCUGCUACAUGUAUAUAUAACAGAAUCAAAGUAGCAAUAACGAUAUUAUUACUAAGAUGAAAUCCACUGGAUGCAGUUUGCUUUUCUGUUAUUUUGUCUGAAUGCAGUUUAAGCUAAAUACAGUCAGAGUGGUAUUUCAACUUAACUUGGAGUAAUUCUUUCUGUGUGGAAAGUUAGGUCUGUUUUUAAUAUUUAAGAAUUUUGUAUUUCUUAAUUUAAUUUUUUUAAACUAUGCACUUACCUUUCCUCUGAGAUGAAGAGCAGAAUCAAACCUGUACAUGUCCCUGAGUCGGUGGGGCCUGGGAACCGGACCAAGCUGUGCUUGUUCCCCUCCAUUCUGCCAUUUCCUUAUCUCUUCCAUUGUUGUUUACCCCCUUCACCCACAGUGCUCUGGAAUGCUGAACAAAAAUCUUUUUGGCACAAGACAAGCAUGAAUAAAUAAACAAAAUUAAUAAAAAUAUAGAGUGUGUAAGCUAGAGCAGAUCAGCCACAUUUUCCUCAUAUCCAUGCUGAGAUUAUCUCCAUUACCUGUGCUUGUUUUGCUUCUCCAGCCAGUCUGAUGUCAUGGUGCUUCCAUGAUGUGAUAUUUUAAAGGCUCUUAGCUCUGACAUAAUCAGGGUUUGUUUUAUAGUUAAUAUUUCUUCUCUUUCCCUUUUGUGCAAAUACCCUUGCAGCCCCUCCCGUCUCUCGUCUCUCCUUGCCUUGGUCCUUCUUCCCUCAACUCUCGGGUGCUUGCAGGCUAAGAGGAUUGGGUCUCUGCCACCCCGGGGUCUCUGGAGUGAGUUGACAGGGUGUGUAGGGUGCUGGGGUUGGAGAUCCAGUGAAUAGCUGCUUACUGGAGUUGCACUGAGAUUGUCUGCACGGACUCAGCAUGACCCAUAACCGAUGAUAUCACUGAGCUCCUUUUAUCUCUUUGUUCUAGUCAAGGACUGGGCACAAGUAAUGCAAAUAUAAUUAUUUUUAGUCCUGAGGAUUAGGAAGCUUGGGAGAUGUUCCUAUUUCCUGAUGAUGUAAAUAUUGUGUUAUGUUUAAUUUUUUUUUUUUUAAAGAUGCUUAUUUACCACUGCAAUAAUCUAAGCUGAGUAAAUAACUUUAAAAAAUUAUAUUGGUCAGUAUUAGGUUCCUGAUGUGUAUUAGGUCCAAGGGUGUUUUGUUUGUACUGGUGUUUUAUUUCUUCCAGUAUUAUAUGCACUGUGUAAAUGCCUGGAGGGCCUUGAGAAAGUGGGCGUUUUGCUUUGCUUGGAAUUGCUUUUUAUUUUGUCUGUUUUCUGUGCCCUCAUGCACUGUAAAUCCUGAUGCCCCUGCAAGUGUGAAAUAAAAGUAUGUCUCUUCAGUA